AUGCAAUUGUUGCGUCUCUCCAUCUCUCAUAUUGUGGCUACUCCUUCUGCAACUGCUGCAAACUCCUCUGCUCUUGUUUCUCACUCAUCUAAUCGUGAGCUCAAGAGUGAACUCCAAAGUGAUAAUUUUAAGCUGCAGCAGGUUGGCAGCAUCAUUCUUGUCAAGCUUGAGGAGCUUCUAGAAUCUUAUACAGUCAAGAAGAAUGUGACAGAAGCUGUAAAAAUGUCAAAGAACUGUAUGAAGGUGUUGGAGCUUUGUGUCAAGUGCAACGAUCACAUUUCUGAAAGCCAGUUUUAUCCUGCUCUGAAAACUAUUGAUUUGCUGGAGAAGAAUUACAUGCAGAAUAUUCCUGCCAGGGCUCUCAAAAGGGUGAUAGAGAAAAAAAUCCCUUCCAUAAAAACUCACAUUGAGAAGAAAGUAUGUAGUCAAGUUAAUGAAUGGAUGGUCCAAAUUCGAAGUUCUUGUAAAAUAAUUGGGCAAACGGCAAUUGGCCGGGCUGCAUCAGUUCGUCAGAGGGAUGAGGAAAUGCUGGAAAGGAAGCGAAAGGCCGAGGAAUUAAAUAUUUCUGGAGUUGAUGAUCAAGCUUAUUGUUUGGUGGAGCUUGAGGAGCUUCUAGAAUCUUAUACAGUCAAGAAGAAUGUGACAGAAGCUGUAAAAAUGUCAAAGAACUGUAUGAAGGUGUUGGAGCUUUGUGUCAAGUGCAACGAUCACAUUUCUGAAAGCCAGUUUUAUCCUGCUCUGAAAACUAUUGAUUUGCUGGAGAAGAAUUACAUGCAGAAUAUUCCUGCCAAGGCUCUCAAAAGGGUGAUAGAGAAAAAAAUCCCUUCCAUAAAAACUCACAUUGAGAAGAAAGUAUGUAGUCAAGUUAAUGAAUGGAUGGUCCAAAUUCGAAGUUCUUGUAAAAUAAUUGGGCAAACGGCAAUUGGCCGGGCUGCAUCAGUUCGUCAGAGGGAUGAGGAAAUGCUGGAAAGGAAGCGAAAGGCCGAGGAAUUAAAUAUUUCUGGAGUUGAUGAUCAAGCUUAUUGUUUGGUGGUUGAAGAAGAUGAAGAUUCUGCUAUGAAGUUCGAUCUCACGCCUCUUUACCGUGCUUGUCAUAUUCAUGGUUGCCUGGGGAUCCGAGAGCAGUUUCAUGAAUAUUACUAUAAGAAUAGAUUGUUACAAUUGAAUUCAGAUUUGGAAAUAUCUUCGGCGCAACCUUUCGUUGAAUCAUAUCAGACAUUUUUGGCUCAAAUUGUUGGGUACUUCAUAGUGGAGGAUAAGGUCCUGAGGACUGGUGGUGGGCUACUAGUACCUGACAAGGUCGAAACUAUGUGGGAAACUGCUUUGGCAAAAAUAACAUCAAUGUUGGACGUGCAAUUCUCCCAUAUGAACUCUGCCACCCAUCUUCUCCUAGUUAAGGAUUAUGUUACUCUUCUUGGGUCUACUCUUAGACAAUAUGGAUAUGACAUUGGUCAACUUCUUGAUGUGCUUGAUAAUAGCUGUGACAAAUACCAUAGACUUCUUUUAGAAGAAUGUCGGAGCCAAACUCAAGAUGUUCUUGGCAACGACUCAUAUGAGCAGAUGGUGAUAAAAAAGGAUACUGACUAUGAGAAUCAUGUUCUGUCAUUUAAUAUUCAAACAUCUGAUAUUAUGCCUGCUUUUCCAUAUGUUGCACCAUUCUCCUCCAUGGUGCCUGAUGCUUGUCGCAUUGUGAGAUCCUUCAUUAAAAGCUCUGUUGAUUACUUGUCUUACGGUGUACGUACUGGUUUCUUUGAUGUUGUGAGAAAGUAUUUGGACAAGUACCUGAUUGAAGUAUUAAAUGAAACUUUACUUGAUACAAUAAAUAGUGGAAAUAUUAGUGUGUCUCAAGCCAUGCAGCUUGCUGCAAACAUAGCUGUUCUUGAAAGAGCUUGUGAUUAUUUCCUUAGACAUGCAGCUCAACUGAGCUGUGUCCCAGUUCGAACAGUUGAGAAGCCCCAAGCUACUUUAACUGCAAAGGUGUUACUGAAGACUUCGAGGGAUGCAGCUUAUAUUACUUUGCUCAGUUUGGUAAACAAAAAAUUAGAUGAAUAUAUGAAUCUUAUAGAAAUUAUCAACUGGACUUCAGAGGAGCCAAAGCCAAAUGGAAAUGAGUACAUAAAUGAAGUGAGUAUUUAUCUUCAAAAUUCCAGUCUUUUCUUUCCUCCCAAGCAAAAUGGUGUAGCUGAACGCAAAAAUCGUCAUUUGGUUGAGACAGCUCGUACUAUUCUCCUUCAUCACAAAGUUCCACUUCGAUUAUGGGGUGAUGCGAUUCUUACUGCCUAUUACUUGAUUAAUCGCAUGCCCUCCUCUGUUCUCAGCAAUCAAAUCCCAUACACCAUCUUGUAUCUACAAAAAGAUCUCUAUCCUGUUCCACUUCAUGUCUUUGGUUGUACAUGUUUUGUCCAAGAUUUCACUCCAGGUAAAGAUAAAUUUUCUGCUAAGUCUCUCAAGUGUAUAUUUCUUGGUUAUUCUAGACUCCAAAAAGGGUAUCGUUGUUUUUGUCCACAACUUCAACGCUAUAUUGAUGUUUCCUUCUUUAAGUCAUCCUCUCCUUUCUUUUCUGAGGAUAUUACUAGUCAUACUUCUUUGGAUGAUCAACCUACUAUUCCAACUCCGGCUCUGGCUGUAGUAACUGAUCCACCACCAUUACUUGUCUAUCAGCGUACGACACGUCAUCCACAGGUGGUUCCAUCUACAACUCCCCCAGCUUCAUAA